ACGAAACGGUUGUCGUCUGACGAAAUUCUGCAGUUUUCAUCGAAACUUUGCGAAAUUAGUACGGAAAAUUCGUGGAAUAAUAAAGAAAAAUAUUUGGAAGACACCCGAGAUCAGUAUUCAAGAACAACGAUUGCGCAAAAUAACUUUAUAUCGGCACGAAUGCAAAUAACAACUUUCCAGAAAAAGUGACGUUUAUAUAAAUAUCUACCAGUUGUACAUAAUAAAUACAUAAAAUAGUUCUAAAUUGCACCUUCCCGAGUAAAUAGAAGGUCAUUCACCUCGUGCAACCAGAGUCAAAUUUAAUUUUUGAUCCUUGAAACUGCCUGAACUCAGGUCUUAGAAUUAGAUUUUGGUCGAACAAAAACACCGUCAUCGCAGUUAAUUGCGUAAAUAGACAAAGAAAACAACAACAACACAACGACAGUAGCGUUUUGAGUGGAAACUGCAUUCAAGUGGAAAUUGUUGUGCGUUAGGAAGACUGUUGAUAAUAAAGGAAAAUGCGUCGUAAUAAACGGUAGAAGAUGUUGGGCCACGCUAUCUGUUGCAAGGUGCGUUGCCCUAUGACUAGAAAAGCAACAUAAGAUUUGAAAUUCAUAAAAAAAUAAUUAAUAAAUAAAAAGGACUAUAAAUAUUACAGAAAAUCAAAAAAAAAGUGAUACUAAAAGACUGAAAUAAGAGCGGAAAAGUAUUAGCAUAUGUUUUAUUGCUCAAAAGAAACUUGUCUGAACAAGUAUUGCAAUACGUGAAUUGAAGUGUUCUUAUUGAAUUAAGAAAAGAGACAAAUAUCAAUACAACAACGUUUGAAAUACAAAAAAAAACAAAGAAAACAAGUAAAAACAAAACAACAAAAUGAUCUCAACAAAAAAAUUCUACGCGGAUCACUUAUUGAAACUCGUGCUGGCACUUAGUCUCCUCCGUACCGAUCCGGAAAAUUAUUUGGAAUGGGGACUGGAAAAUCGUCUCGCCAGCACCGUUGGCGGCUGGCAAUUGGAGCUACGUGCUGCCCCCCUGACUGAUUACCCCUAUGCAAAUCGCAAGGCUGUGAUGCCCCUCAUCGAAGACUUAGCUAGAUAUCAAGACUACAGUAAUAGUAAUAGUCACAUACAAGCGUACUUAUUCACACAUUCGUCGCAUGUUCCCAGCGGCUUGGCACCGGAACCGAAUGCCUCCGAGAACCAAACAUCCGUGACAAUUUCCGAGGCUGCGCGUGCCAAUGCGACAAUUCCACAGGCACCCGUGGAACCGUCGACCUUUCAACUUGGCGAAGUAAAUCCGGAAGAGUUGUUCCUCAAUGUGGACAUUUUUCAGGAGGCAGCGUCCAUUUUGGAGCAGAAUCUGGCCGAUUUGAAUGAGUACGGUGAAGCGGCGUCUGCCUCUCACAUUUAUCAGAACCUCAAGGACCAAAACGAUCCGAGUGAUGCCUCAUUUUUUGAUAUUUUCAAGUGUGAGCGUCCCGAUUCCGAAUGCGCGGAUUUCGGGAGCUUCACAGCGCCAGCACCGGAUGACGAUGAAGGCGAUGAUUUGGGAGGCAUUAUCGAGUGGGACGAGUAUUUGGGGAAAAAGGAAGCAAUUGAUGAAAGUGCAGUAGCUGUAAAGAAACAAUCCGAGAAACAUGCUCAAGAAAGAUCAACAGAUGCGGAAAAUUCUCUGGAAUCUGUUCGGAUGCAUGAUCCAGUAACAGCAGAACUAACGCAAGAGGAAAUGGAUUUGAUUAAAAUUUUGGCAACGCAAGAUAUUGAUAUGGGAUUCAUUCCUCCUUUAACGGAAGUUGAGCAAUCACAAAAGGAGAUAGAUGAGAAAGAAAAUGCGGAAAAACUAAAAGUUUUGCUAGAUAUCAAUGAUGAAAAGAACGAAAAGUACACAAAAGACGACGAACCUGAGGAUGAUUUGGGGGACAUUCAGUACACCAUUGAUCUUGAAACAGGAGAGAAAAUAUUAUUGAACAUCUCAUCAGCAACCGAAAACCAAGAUUCGCUUGUUGAUUCCGUGGUAUUUGAAGAGGCAUCAGAAUUUGCUAAGCAAAUUGAAAAUGAAGAUCUCGUUUUAAACAACGACGUAGCGGAAGAAGAAGUUGCAACUAGUAACAACGACAUUGUUGGCGAAGAGCUCAUAAGUAGUGCAGAGCUUGUAGCGGACGACGACUUAGCUACAGAAUUCGAUUUAGAUGCAUUGGAUGCACUUCUCGACGAGAAACUCGAAGAAGAAUUAGAGGACGACGACAGUUUUUCCCUUGAUUUACCCGAUUUGGAUGAAACAGACUUGGACAUGUACAUCCAAUCGUCAGGCUAUCAACACCAUCAUGCGCGCCAAGGCAUCCAAAGCUAUGGACAUGGCAUGCAUGCGAGACAAUCCACCACAGCUGGUUACUUACCACAUCAUCAGUCACGAGUCCCACUAGGCCGCACCCUCUCGAUGGAGCAGCGUUUUACCGAUUUUCCGAACCUCUUCUCGUUCCCACAUGGCAUGGGUAUGGGAAUGAGUGUCGGCGAUAUGGCAUCAAAUCCACACUAUGCCUCUCAUUUCCCGUAUCAAUCGUCCCAACAGUUUGCCCAUCCGCAUUCAUCAAUGUUGCAACAUAACCCAUCGUUAGAUUUGGGCUUGCCGCCACACCAGUCACACUACCCAAGUAAUUUGGGUACCGCAGUUGCAAGUAGCAUGAAUCUAACCAACUCGACAUCCGAUAGUGAUGGAGCCACUGGUGGCAGUUACAAAAUGGAACAUGAUUUGUACUAUUAUUCGAACACCUCUUCCGAAAUGAACCAAACUGAUGAUUUCAUGAACCCAAUGAUGCACGACGAAGGAUUGCAACACAUGGACAUGCUCUCGGAAGAUAUGUGUCCAAUAAUUAACGGUGCGGGCGCUAGUCAUGGAAAUGCAUUGUUGCAGCCACAACAUCCCCAACCAAAUAAUGCAGGAAACCAAUUGCAGACAAACUUGAAUAUUGGUGCAGUUGGCGGCAGUGCUCCCGGAGACCGUUUAGAUGCAUCAAGUGACUCGGCAGUCAGUUCAAUGGGCUCGGAGCGGGUUCCAUCCCUAUCCGAUGGCGAAUGGAAUGACGGAAGUGACUCGGCACAGGAAUACAAUAAUCCAUAUGACUACAGCAGCAGUUAUGGAAGUAGUCGCGAAGGACGUUCCGGUCCCGUGGCCCAGAAGAAACACCAAAUGUUUGGAAAACGCGCAUUCCACGAUAACGUUACGAUGCCACAACCUGGCAGUGCUCCCAUCAAAUACGAAUACGAUCCGUAUGCGAUGCAGGGAAUGGAGGCUGCGGGCGCCGUUGGUCCUCUUGUAGGCAAACAAGGCUUCAUUGGACACGAUAUCAAGUAUCCACCGUACUCUGGGCUCGAUUUUGGUCGUCCCUUGCGCACUGCUCACGACAUUGUGGGCCACAAUCAUUCGUACACGAUGCCACCGCACACAAAUGGUGCAACACCGCGUCCCCAGAAUCGCGAUAAGAAGGUGCGAAAGCAAACGUCGGAAGAGGAACAUUUGACGCGCGACGAAAAGCGAGCGCGAUCACUUCAAAUUCCAAUCAGUGUCAGUGAUAUCAUUAACUUGCCAAUGGACGAAUUCAACGAACGCUUAUCAAAGUACGACUUGAGCGAAAAUCAGUUGUCACUCAUUCGCGAUAUUCGUCGACGCGGAAAGAAUAAGGUGGCCGCACAGAAUUGCCGUAAAAGAAAGCUUGACCAAAUUUUGUCACUGGCCGAUGAAGUCAAGGAGAUGAAAAUGCGCAAGGACAGAUUUUUGCGUGAACGAGAAAUUGCAAUCAACGAUCGGAAACGCGUUAAGGACAAAUACAUGUCUUUGUAUCGACAUGUCAUGCAGAAUUUACGAGAUUCUGAUGGAAACCCUUGCAGCCCAAAUCAUUACAGUUUGCAACUUUCUGCUGAAGGAUCUGUCGUUCUAGUCCCACGUAAUAUGGAAAAUGGUCAUCAACCAGAUCAAAUGCCAUCAGCCGGACAAGUUUCGAGACAGCCAUUACCAGGGACUAGCAGUACGCAACAACAGCAACACCAACCAUCUCAGCAACAUCAUCACCAAACACACAGCCACCACCCACAAUUUCCCCAUCUCCCAAAAGAGUGAAAUACUGUUUGCAGCAGAUAUUUUUAUUAUUUCUAAUUAAAUACUAGAAGUUACUUACUUAAAAAAGCGGUUGAAUUGAGUCUGAGUAUCCUUUCAUCCCAUCUAACUUGUUGCGUUUGUUUUAAUUUUCUUACAAUUUGUUAUAUAAUGAUAAAAACUACCUACCAUUACAUAUUUUCUUAAUUAGUAAACCAAUAAACUGUAAAUACACACAUUAAAAUAGUCUGGAUCGAAGGGAAAUUGAAGUAAUAUUAUAUAUAGAUAAAUAGCUAUUCGACAGAAAAAUUUUCAACAUUUGUAAUAUUCACACACAAUAUUCACUUUAUAUUUAAAAAAAAUGGCUAAAGAAAAUAUAUUUGAAAUUAUAUUAAAAAAAAUAAUAAUAAUGAUAAAAGCACUCAGGAACACAAUUUAUUAGAAGAUAUGAAAAUUUUAUCAAACUCCUUUAUAGAUAAAGAACCUUAUCAAUUUUAAAGUACAUAUAAUAACAUAAAAUCAGGAUUGGAAAUUGGGAAUGGAAAAUUCAACCUUUUAAAUAAUGUAUGAAUAUUAUAAAAUAAGAAAUCGUGAUGUAAAUAUUUUAAAAUUUGAAUAUAACACUAUGAAAACUACAUAUAUAUAAAGUUUUAAUUUUAAUGACAGUUUAACAUUAGUUUUGUUUUAAGGAUUGCUGAAAUGUAUAUUAUUAGUUCGAUGUGUUAUUAUUAAAGUUCUUUUUUAAAUUACAUAAAAUUUAUGUAAUAAGGAUAUAUAUAUAUAUAAUAUAAAUUAGGAUAUAAUAUUUAAUAAAGAUAAAAAAUAAAAAUCAAAUUAAAACAGCAUUUAAUUCAGGUGAUAGUAAUAUAAUAAAUGUAUAACAAA